AUGGCUGAUGCCCAACUCAUCUUUUCUUUCACUAAUCGUAAAUCCACCUUUAUCUACAAUACUCUCAUUAGAGGUUACGCUUCCACCAAACAAUUCCAUCUUUCUAUCUCUUGUUUCCAUGAAUUGCUCAUUUCAAAUUCCAACAUUGACAGAUACACUCUUCCUAUCGUGCUUAAAUCCGUCUCCGCGCUUUCUUCAAUGAGACUUGGGCAGCAGCUUCAUACCUUGGCGUUGGUACGUGGGUUCAGCUCCGAACUUGCUAAUUGCAAUGCAUUGAUCACAAUGUACAGUAAAUGUGGUGAUUUGGGAUUUGCUCGUAAGGUAUUCGAUAAAAUGCCUGAAAGAAGCCAGGCUACUUGGUGUGCCAUGAUGAGUGGGUAUGGAAUGCAUGGGGAAUUUGAUAAGGUUUUUUGGUUGUUCGAAAGUAUGUUAUAUUUUGGUGUUUUUCCUGAUGCGGCUACGUUUACCACAGUUCUUACAGCUUGUAGUCAUGGAGGACAUGUUGAAGAAGGGAAGCGAUAUUUUGAGAUGAUGGUAAGGGAAUUUCGGUUGAGUCCAAGUUUGGAGCAUUAUACCUGUAUGGUUGAUAUGUUGAGUAAAUCUGGAAGAAUAGAAGAAGCUAAAGGAGUUAUUGAGCGCAUGGAGAUAGAACCUGAUGAAGCUUUGUGGAGGGCAUUUCUUGGGGCUUGCAGCAUCCAUGGAACAUUUCAGAUUAUUGUUAGGGGAAAACAAUUUAAUCUCGCAGAUUAG